AUGACUAUUAUAGACAAGAUAUUAAAGACUUUAAUAUUAGGUGCACCAGCAUCGGGAAAGGGCACAAUCUCAUCAAGAAUAGUUAAAAAAUAUAAUGUGGAGCAUGUGUCCAGUGGAGACAAGUUGAGAGAUCAUAUUGAGAAACAAACAGAAUUAGGUAAAGAAGUAAAAAAAUACAUUAAUGAAGGAAAACUUGUUCCUGAUGACGUAAUGAUUAAGUUUAUGACUUCGGAGUUAAAGAAAGUGGAAAGUAAAUCUUGGCUCUUAGAUGGAUUUCCUAGAACAGUAGCUCAGGCCAAUGCUCUAUGGCAAGUACAACCAGUAGAUGUUGUUUUAAACUUAGUUGUGCCAUUUGAGGUAAUUAUUGAUAGAGUAAAAAAUCGCUGGGUUCAUUUACCUUCAGGAAGAGUUUAUAAUAUUGGAUUUAAUACACCAAAAGUAAUGGGCAAAGAUGAUGUUACUGGGGAACAAUUGAUUCAGCGUCCUGAUGACAAACCUGAAGCUGUUCAAAAAAGACUUGAAAUAUAUGAAAGUGUGACAAGGCCAGUAAUCAAUUUUUAUAAACAGAAAGGUAUAUUGAAAGAAUUUGAAGGACGCACAUCAGAUGAAAUAUGGCCAAAAAUAACAGCCUAUCUAGAUUCUAUUUUUCAAAAAUCA